AUGGCAAGAAACUGUGCGAAGGACAGAUGGGAACAUUCUAACGACAACUUAGCGCAAGAGGUAUCGGAAGAAGAUGAAGAUUUAUCAUUCUGUGAUCUACCGGUCAUUAACUGUUUGACCAAAGAAGACGACCAAUCAAGAAAAGAAGAUGCUAAUCUGGCCAUUCAAAACCAGGAAGAUCAGUUCGAUUUCAGCUCAAGGGAUGGCUCUCUUUUGAAGGAGUCAAAAAUGUGCGCGGCCGAUGAGGUUUUCUUUCAAGGCCGAAUCCUCCCGCUUCGCCUCUCAGUCAGCUCAGACACGGGCUUACCCCGUUUCCAGCAUGAAAGCCAGAAAAUUACAGGGACGUGCAUAUCAAGAUCCGAGUCCAUGGACCAUCGCUCAACGGGUGGGUUCGGUAGUAACAAUAGUAGCCGAAGCAGCAGCACUAGAAGUUACAACUCAUCAAGCAGCAAUAGCUCAAGCAGUACCAUCAGACGAACGAAUUACAAGCCAAAAUUUCAAAACACUUUCCUUACGUGCCCAAGUCCCAAACCCCAGAUCAAGGUUUCCACGACCCAACAAGGUAGCGUCGGGAUCCGGAUCCGGAACUCAUCCACGUGGGACUAUUUACGGCUGGGUUUGCUUCCUACUCCUGAGAUUGGAUUGCAAGACCUCAAGGGUCGUAGAAACAGCAGCGUUAACAAAAGUUCCGUCAGUCGUAACAGCAGUCAGGGUAGUAGUAGCAAUAGCGUCACCGCCAAAAAUAGUGCUAAGAUUAAUAGCGGGUGUCGAGGAGAAAACCAGAGAACGCCAGGAUUCUUGGAGAAAGGAAUAGGAGGAUUGCUGAAUGGUUGUAAGUGUUUGGAUGAAACAGUUUCGUCAAACGCGGUCAUCAUCAAGAGCAGUAAUGGAAAGAACAAUAGUACUAGUGAAAGUGAAACGCAUGCCAAGAAAGAAAAACUGUUGGAGGUGAAGAUGAAAAAGAAGAAAGACGAAAAGCAGCAGCAGGAGGGAAAGCAAGCCAUGUCACGCCAUCGAACGUCUGAAUGGCUAAAGGAGCUUCCGCAUGCAGUCUAUUCUCCAGAGGGUCAGACUCAUUAA